UUACCAUCCGCCGAUCGAUCACAUCAUUCAACCAUCGGCCCAUCCAACCAAGAGUUGCGUCUGACUGACUUCAACAAAAUUCAUAGCAAUCGGAAAACCAACAAGCAGCCGUAGCUUUCAUAGAGUCGACGCUUGGACGAAAACUACCCGACGAAAGUCUUUGGGCGUCGCUGAGAAAUGGCGUGAUUUUGUGCGAGUUAAUAAAUAAGCUGAGACCAGGGACGAUACCCAUUAUCAGCACUCGAAACAUGCCCUUUCUGCAGAUGGAAAACAUUAAUCGCUUUCUGACUGCAGCCCAAACUCUCGGUUUGAAGGGCCACGAAAUUUUCCAGACGGUCGACUUGUUCGAAGGCAAAGAGAUGCAGUCGGUCAUCACCACGAUCCUAACCAUCGCGCGGGUCAUCGCUGGAGCGCCGUUGAAGGCCCGCCCGCCAGACGAUUUGAACCCAUACCGCGACAAUGUCAUCAUUCACGACGCCUCACCUCUGCCAACGAACCAAGCAUCACCCUCCAUCGCGCCCACCCUGCCCCCGAAAUCACCGCCAACGCACGCGCCAUUCCUGCAAAUCAAAUCCGCCUCCGCAUCCAGCUUCACCACCCCGCCGCCGGCUUCCGAAAGCGGGACCGAGAAAGGCGGGAAUAGUGGACGGUCGAGCAUGGACAGCAGGGGUGGGGCCAGUCCGACGCCCGUGAAAUCGUCAGGGGCCCCACGGUUAAAGAAAUCGGAGUCGGAGCUGGGGAUGAAGGUUUCGAGAAGGAGGACGGAGUCGCCUCAUCGGUCUGCGAGGCCGUCGACGAGUGGAAGUGUGAGGAGUAUGAAGGAAAAGACCGUUGUCGGGAACUAUCAAUUGGGCAGCGGGAUAGGGAAGGGACAAUUCGGGGCCGUAUACCAAGCGCUGAAUAUGGAAACGGGGCAAGUGGCGGCCAUCAAACGCAUCCCGUUAGCCGAUCGGAAAGAACAGGGUGUCACAGAUCUGAUGCAAGAAGUCGAGCUCCUCAAAUCUCUAACACAUACCAACAUCGUCAAAUACCUCGGCUUCCUACUGGACGAAAACUACCUCAACAUCAUUUUAGAAUAUAUGGAGUGCGGGUCACUCCAGAGCGUGAUGAAGAAAUACAACCUACUGAUCCCAGAAAAGCUCGCUGCGGUCUAUUCGGAGGAUAUACUCAGAGGCCUGACGUAUCUGCACGCUCAGGGCGUCGUGCAUUGUGACUUGAAGUGCGCGAAUAUUUUGACGACGAAGGACUCGACUGUGAAGUUGAGCGAUUUUGGCGUGAGCAAGGUCUUGAAUGGUGUUGGCGAGGACGAGGGCGCGAUUGCGGGAACACCGUAUUGGAUGGCACCUGAGAUCAUCGAAUUGAAAGGCGCAUCGACUGCAUCCGACAUAUGGAGCUUGGGAUGUACCAUCAUCGAGAUGGUGACCGGCAAACCGCCUUAUCUCGACCUCAAGAACCCGAUGACCGCCUUGUUCCGGAUCGUGGAGGACGACGCGCCGCCGCUGCCGGAGGAUAUUUCGCAGGAACUGCGGGACUUUUUCGGAUGUUGCUUCCAGAGAGAUAUCACGAAACGGGCGAGCGCGAGUCAGUUGUUGCAGCAUGAGUGGAUACAGAAGAAGUAUAAGGAUGUUCGCACAGCAGAGGAAAGCCUCAAACUCCUCGAAGUCGGCGCGCAGCUUAUACAGGAAAAUGCAAAAGACCACCCCCCUCCCACCAUCACUUCACCGAGCGAAUCCUCAACUCACAGCGCCUCGGCGGGCAGCACCGCAACACCGUCCUCCCCCUCUAGCGCGUCCUCCCUUCCCCCCGCCCGACUCUUCGAAGCCGUGCUGGACGCCCCACUGUCCACCAUCCCAACAGAUACUAUCCCCUCCACGUCGUCCAGGUCGUCCCUAUCAGACACGUCCUCCGCCGCGUCGUGGCGUCCUCCUCCCGGCCCGUCACCCGCGUUGGCACGGGUGGCGACACUGGACCGCCAUGCGAAACAGCUUAGCGUGAAGGAAGAAGUGCAGGAGGAGUAUGAUGAGGAGCAAACGGGUAGCGCGGUGGACAAGAGCGCCGGGUCUGUAGGAGCUGCCGAUCGGGAAGCCACGCCCGGGGUCGGAUCGCAAACAUUGUCGACGCUCGACGGUACCACCGCGGCCAACACCCCCGGCGAACCGUCGUUGACCACCUUGACGAGAAGUAGCUCGAGGGUUCUGAAUGAGAUUGGGUUACAACAGAUGGAGGAGACAGCCAAUGCGCUUGCGGCUGAUAUCGACGACAACACACCCGCUGCGGCGGCGUCACAAUCACAACGCACGCAGCAGCAGCAGCAGCAGUCGAACGCCCCGCCAACCCCGCCCUCGACGCAGAGUAAACGCUCCAGUCUGAAAUCCAAAUCCAAAGAACAGCUUAAAGACCCGGCUGCGGAUGAAGACGAGGAAACAGCGCCGGUGCCGACACAAGAACUCGCAGUCAAACCCCUCAAAGCCCGCUUCAUUACCCCACCCUCCAUCUCCACCGACACCCACCACCUCCCAAAAGCACCGCCACCCGCGACCGCCCCACCCACCAUCGCACCCUCCCUCCCCACCACCACAACCACCGCUUCCAAAUCCUCAAAACCACCACCACCAACCUCAGCAAAACGCCGCGCCUCAUCCGCCUCCUCUCCGAAAGAAGAGAAGGAGAAAGAUAAAGGCCUGGGAACGAAUACGUCGGCGGCGGCGCUGCAUAGUUUUUUGUUGAAGAGUAAGAGGAAGAGCUUUGCGGGGAGUAGUUCGAGUGGGAAGGAGAGGGAGCGGGAGCGGGAGCGGGAACGAGACGGGAGGGAGGGACAGGGGGACAAGGACUGUUUGAUCAUGUGAUGUGGGGACUGUGUGGGAACCGCGGGGAUGCUUUUGGGCGGCGCGGGAGGGAUGAGGGUUGUGCUUUUGUGUCUUGUUCAUGUGUGUGGCGUUGUUUGUUCGUCGGUCGUUUGUUGGGUGUGCCUUUCCCCCCCUCCCCACCUGUUUUUCUACCUUCCAUAUACACUGUAUCAUAUUUUCGUUUUCACCCCGCUUCGUUCGUUUGCGCAAAAUGACAGAACAGAUUCGAAAACAUAACACGGUCCCUCGGC